GCCGGCGACAACCACUCUCCCUCGCGCCCUUGUGGCCGGCGAGGGGUAUGUCUUUUUGUGUUUUGGGCAGAGUAAGCUCAUGGGAGCAAUCGAUUUCCUUGUGUAAUCGUGCUAGAAGGAGAUCGACUUCGGUUUUGUUUCAGAUCCCACAAGCGGACUCGAAAGCCAUCUCUAUUUAUUCAGUCCAUGCCCUAGACGCUGUAAUCAGGACUCCUCUAUAAAUAAAGGCUGCGCGGUGGAGAUCCGGCUUAAUAGGGUCGUCUCUAGUUCUUUGAUUUGUGGCCGGCGACAAACACCUUGUGCAAUUGAAAGAGAAAGGUGCUGUUUUUGUUAGGAAAGUUCGUAUUUGGAGAAGUAGUAUAAUCAGGAUUUGAGUCCUAUUGCGCCGGUCUCCAAACAUGUAGUGGAGUAGCACUAGGAGGAGAAUUUGAGUUCAUCAAUCUAUCCAAUAAGGUGGUUUCUGAUUAAUUGGAGACUUGGAGAUGGAGAACAAGAAGGGAACUAGCGACAGCCGCAAUAAAGCCACUGCUUGCCGUGAAGGUGAAGCAGCUUCUGGCGAAGCCGGAAGAGAUAGGCUUAGCAAGCUGCCCGAUGACAUUCUACUCAACAUCCUGGAGAGGGUCGACACGCUAGAAGCAUUAAGAACCUGCAUCCUCUCUAAGCGAAUGCUGCAGCUCUGCACCAUGCUCUCGCGGUUUGACAUAAAUAUGGGUUCCCUUUGCCAUCACCACAAGGCCCAAAUCGGCACCAUUCCUUGUCUUGCUCGGUUCAACAAUGUUGUGGCUGCUGUCACAGAGAAGAUCCUGAGUGCGAGGAAUGUGGAGAUCCCCAUCCGCAAGCUGCGGGUGAAAUUCUAUUUGAGGCAUGAUGAUUGUUUUUCCAUCGGCAAAGCUGUUGCCUGCGCAAUGGCAACCCAGAAGGUGGACGAUGCUGAGUUUGUGCUUCUCACAGAGACGGGUUGUUUAAGCUGCACUCAUGCCGAUCUCCUCUGUCAUGCCAAGAAGUUCAAUAGUUGGUUUCACGAUUGGCCAAUUGUGUUUGCUGGGCUCACGCGCCUGUGGCUGCGCAAUAUGAGGUUUGCUGAACUGGACAUCCCCAACAUCCUUAGCACCUGCAAGCGGUUGGAAUCUUUGCGUCUCUCCUACUGUGACGCAGGGGUCUGUUCCAUGCUGCAAUUAGAACAUGCUCAACUUGUUGAGCUCCACAUUGACCUUGGAAAAUUUGGGACCGUUCAUCUCAACUGUCUACCAAACCUCCAACGCUUGAACUAUACUUGUUGGUCUUAUCAAGAUCCCCUCACUUUUGGUUCUGUCCCACAGCUUUCAAAGCUAAGCCUUGUAAACAUUGGUAUUACUUCGACUAAGAAUCUCCAGUUAAGUGAACUCCUUGCUAAAGUACCCUGGAUAAAAGACCUGCAUCUGGAUUUUAAAAGUGAAAAGAUUUGGGUUCUACCAGAAUGCCCCAAACUGCUUGCGCCUCUCCUUGGAGAGCUACAGAUUGUAAAUCUGGAUAAUCUUCCUGAAGGAUGUGAUAUUGCCUGGACCAUGUUCAUUCUUGAAGCUGCACCCUCCCUAAAGGAGCUACACAUCACGGUGUGGGAUCAUUUAUGCAAAAUGGUAACUAACAAGGACCUUCGGAUGAAAAAUGGUUACUGUGAGAAAGCAAACGUGGAGUGGAAACCAUCUGCUGCUGAUUUCAAGCACAAGAAUCUGGUUAAGCUCACCAUCUACGGUUUCCAACCCGAUGAAAAUUUUGUGCGGUACGUUAGACAUGUCAUGGAAGUUGCGGUGAACAUGGAGGAGAUAUCUCUGCACGACAGGGAGGUGUGCGAGCACUGCGGGGACUUGGAACCCAGUAUCCAGGUUUGUCCUUCUAGAUAUCCGCAGACCAGUGAGGAGAAGGAUAUGUUGAGGGAGAAGAUUACUAAGGAGUUGCGGAUUUCUUCACCUGCUGUGAUUCACUUCAGGUCUUAGUAAUGGAAGAAUAAGAUGCAUGGCAUCACUAUGAUCUGGAGUCUCGUGUAAAUCAAACAUGUAUUUGUACUCUUAUUUAUCCUAGUUUGAAGCUGUUUCUGUUCUCCAUAA